UGUUUGUGUACAUUGCGCUUGUGCGGGCCCGGGUAGCCGGGUAUCGAGCGACGGGAAGGACGGUGAAUGCCGCAGAGUGGGUCGAGCUGAGCCUGUCAACUGGUGCAAGGCUGAAGAAACAGGGGGACCGGUUCCGAUGGGGAAAACUUGGUCAGCAGCACCAAACCUGUGAUUGCCUCACAGCAGCAGGGCAAUUUGCUAAUCGGCGUUCCUUUCGGAGACCUGACCGCGUACGGCGAAAGUGCGUGUAUCGUGAAUCGUGGUGUCUUCUCAUGCUCUCCCACCAACAACCAGCCCAGCUCGAGUGCAGGUGGUGGGGUUUUUGCGUGCUGCGAGUGGCCUGCCUUGUGAUCGCAUAUCGUCCGAUGUUGUGCUGCGCAAACUAUGCCGUGACGAUGACGGCGAGUGACGAAAAGAAGGCAACGAACGAAUUAUUGCCAGCCCCCGUGUGUGUGAGGACGGCUGCGUAAGAAUAGCGCUUUCGCGAACUCCGUACCGUCGGUGGCAGCGGCGGCCAGUGGUUGGUUGUAGCGAUAUUUGCAAACGUGUAAAGCAUCGCCAGUGCACAAAAGCAGGAACAAUAUGUGGUUGAAGUAAAUGGUGUAAAUUGUGGGACUGUGAAGCUAACCAGGAUAGGUGCGAGAGAGUGAGAGGUCGGAUAAGAUCAUCAUCGCUUGUUUGAAGAACCUCGCUUCGGAUAGCAGCAGAUAAGUUGAUAAAGUGGACAGUGACAACGACGGCGCACGAUUACAGCUUAUCCACCUUUGGAAAACUGGCACCAAACGACCUCGUGCUGCUCUUUUUAUCUUCAUAGGACUCGUCCCCCCCCAGAAUGGCACAGACACGCCAUGCGAUGGUGGAAUCCAUAACGAUAAAGCUUUCUCCGGGCAAGCUGUCGGAGUACCGGAAUCUUUUGGCCCCCCAGUACCGUGACCACCGCGAUAUGACGAAACGAUACAAGGUGACCGUUCCCUUCCCGCGGGACUGUCCUGUGACGCCGGCAAAGCUGAAGCAACUUGUACUAGCGAGCGGACGAAUUCAACUACUUCUCGACGAGCAAUCAUCAAGCGAUCAAACGAAACGUGCCAAACUGGCGCAAACGAUCGUGGAGCUGUUGGACGAGAUUGGGCUGGCGGAAAACUUGCCCGUCAUCCGGACGCUCGGCACGAUGCUGAAUGCCAUCUUCGAUCGCAUCUACACCGGCGUGCUGGUGAACGAGGUAAAGCUCGAGCAGCUGCGAGCGCGCUUCGGCCGGCAAACGGUGCUCUACCUGCCGAGCCACCGGAGCUACGGUGAUUUCAUACUGCUGUCGUACGUACUGUUCUGCUACAAUAUCGCCAUCCCGGGUAUAGCGGCCGGGAUGGACUUUUACUCGAUGGCCGGCAUGGGCAGCGCGCUGCGGAAUACGGGAGCGUUCUACAUGCGCCGGACGUACGGUAACGAUCGCCAGUACUGGUACAUCUUCCGGGAGUACAUGCGCCAGCUGACGGUGGCAUACGAUCGGGGGAUCGAGUUUUUCGUGGAAGGCACGCGCAGCCGCAGCAACAAGGCGCUGACGCCCAAAAUUGGCCUACUGUCGAUGGCGCUGGAGCCACUGUUUAUGGGCGAAGUGCCCGAUCUGCUGAUCGUUCCGGUGAGCGUCUCGUACGAUCGGCCCGUCGAGGAGCAGCUGUUCGUGUACGAGCUGUUGGGCGUACCGAAACCGAAGGAAACGACCCGCGGGCUGCUGAAAGCGUUAAGCAUUGUGCGGGAAAACUUUGGCACGAUCUAUCUCGAGUUCGGUGAUCCACUGUCGGCGAAGGAUUACUUUGGCGACGGGUUGAACCGCACGCGGCAUACGGUUGCGCCGACCUUCGCCCAAACGUUGGCCAAGGAGGAGCGGGUGGCGAUCCAAAACCUGGCCAACGAUGUGGUGCACCUGCAGCAGCACCGCAUGGUACUGACCACCUUCCAUCUCGUUGCACUGUACUACAAUUACAAGAAGUACCACGGCCAAGCGGUAACGCUCGGCGAGCUGGUGGACGGUGUGGCCUGGCUGGGCCGCGUGCUGGAGGAUCUCGGUGCGAUCACGGAGGUGGAGGGCUGUGCCGAUGUGGAACCGCUCUGUCUGGCGGCGCUCGAUGUGCACCGGAACAUUCUGCAGCUUACGGCUGACCGGGUGCUGACGAUCGCUCGCACGUACCACGACUUUAGUCGGGUCGAUAAACGAAAGCUGAAAGGGUACAAUCUCACGGACGGCGUGAUGAAGCUUGCGGUGCCAAUUUUCUCUCUGCAGCUGUACUGCAAUCCCUGUCUGCACUGGCUGGCCGUACCGGCAAUGGUUCUGCUGGCUGCACGCAGCCUUACCGUGCCAACCGCCUCUGGCAGUACGGUGCGACGUGCGGAUCUUGGGCGAAUGGUGCAAGAGUUGAGAAACUUGUACGGGCUGGAGUUUGUGCUGUACGCACGGCGUGAGACGGUUGAGUUUGAUGCCGCGCUGGCCCAUCUCUAUCGGCAGGGUUUGUUACGGACGAAGCCAGGGGGUGAUCCGGAGCAAACGUUACACUUCGCUGAACAGCACACCGAUCAACGACAGCUGGCUAACGUGUAUCUUAGCGCGCUUGGACCAUUCCUGUGCACCUACCUGCAGGCGCUAGAGGUGCUGCUGGGCCAGUUUCGAGCUAGGGAAAAGUUCACCGAAAAAGAAUACCUUGCCGCAGUACAGCAGCACGUGGAGCAGCAGCUAUUGCGCCAGGAGCGCAACGUUCACCCGUACUGUCUGUCGCUGGACAGCAUUAGUCUGGCACUGCACUCUCUAGUCACGGUCGGUGCAAUAAGGAAAUCGAAAAGAGAUAACGUGUACUGUUACGAUCUCGGUACGGACGGUAUGCUCGAGUCCGUAAACCAACGACUGCGGUGCUACUGUACGCUGCUUCCCUUCGAGUAUCUUACAUUCCAGGAUGCGGUAACGGGAUGUAAAUUGUAAAUCCAGCACCAUGGACCGUUAUGCUCAUUACCACACUCAUGCUUGGAUGCAAUUACUGUGUAAAGCUUACUUUUAACCGUAACGACACGGGCACUCGUUGUCACCACCUAAAAACGGGCUGCCGGAGCAAUACAUUUUGUUUUUUACUAUGUAUAGUGAACGGUUAACGCAUUUCGUUAACUGACUUUGUUUUUGGUUAGGAUGUUUAGUGAAUGGAUUGUACAAUUUAUAGAAUGCAUUUAUGAAUUUACGAGGGAAUAAGGGUGCGCUUCAAGACAUUACACUGCAAGAGAUACAAUAAAAGAGAUCGUUCUGUGGGGGAGAAUAGUUCAUUUUAAAUCGUAA